GCUGGCGUUAACGCUUUAUCUUGUCUCCGUGUGAAGGACCAGGUCUGUUUUUGAUCAGUUAACGUUAUAUAGAGAGUUCAUAUCAGUCUCGAUACAUUUCCCUGCAUGGGAGACGUCACAGUUUCAAAAAUGAGCAGUUUGAGGGCGUGUAAGGAGCCUUUCGACAGAAGCAGCUCUGAACCUGUGGAGGACAUAGACACCACCAGCUUUGUGGCAGAAUUUUCCUUGGAGGCCAAUUAUCCAGUGCAGGUGACAGAUCCCCAUGCAGAUGCUGUGACACUGCACCUGAGCUCCAUGCCCUCUGGAUACCUGAGGCCGACUUCAGACAGGAUAAGACAGCCAGUUGAAGAUGAAGAAUGCACCUGUCCAACAUCUAUUUCACCAGACUGCCCCAAAGAACUUCAGCUACUAAACAGCCCCUGUGAAAAGUGCUGCUGCCCCGCACCUCCUCCGAAGAUCAGCGAUCUCAUGAAUGACAAAGAUCUCCUGGACUUACUGCGGCUCAAACUGGAUCCAAACCACUGCACCAUCAAAAACUGGAAGAACUUUGCAAGUCGCUGGGGGAUGAGUUACGAUGAACUGACCCUGCUGGAGCACCGGACGCAGGGCUCCUUGUCCCAUAGCCCCACCCAGGAGUUCCUGCUGCGCUACAACCAGAAGACGGUCACUGAGCUCACCGAACUUUGCCGCUUCUACCAGCGCAUUGAUGUGCUGCGAUUGCUGCAGAGCUGGAUAGAGAAAGACUGGCCGUCACGCUGGCAACAGACUCUUUAACCAGUGUGUAUAUUUAUCCCGUCCCUCUUUUUUCUCCUGUCAUGGUUGUACUUGGUAGGGAUUUCGUCUUAAUGAGCUCAGAUACAUUUUACCAAAGUUUUAUAAUUAGUAUCUUUAGCAAGUGAUCUUCAGAAAAAGAUAAAAGAAUGAUCAACAAGUGAAAACAUCCUGUAGAGAAUUGUCAGCAUCGCUGGGUGCUUCAGCUCGAUCUUACAGCCAGUAUUGCACUUACAUGAAUUACUACUGAUUAAUAGUCUAAUAAUAGCUAAUAGCUCACAGAGCGGCAUGACUCUAGUGAUAGUUAUGUCGCUUUUUCUGAAGGCCGCUGUGUCUGUUGGUCUGUCAGUUGCUCCAUCACUUUGGUUCACUCUGUAAUAACUCAGCAGCUGUUGGAUAGAUGAGCUGUAAUUGCGUACAGACAUUCACGAUACGUGGUCGCCAGAGGAUGAAUCCUUUGACUGAAUUUGCCUCUAGUACCACCAACAGAUCAAAGUUUCCACUUAUCCAGUGACAUAUCUCAUCUACUGGGCCGAUUGGAACAAAUUCUUCGACAGACAUUCCCAGAUAAAGUGUCCUAAUGACUCUGGUGAUCCCCUGGAUCUUCCACCAGCACGCGAAUGAGGUUCAGGUGUGGUUUUGAAUUAAAUGUCUCAACAGGUAUUGGAUGGAUUGCUGAGAAAUUUGGUAUCGACAUUUAUUUUCCCCUCAGAAUUAAUGGCAAUGAACUUGAUGAUCUCCUAAAUUUUAAUUUUGCGCCAUCACCGGGUCAAAAUUUACAUUUGUCCAAUACUUUGGUUAAUGAACAAACACCUGAAAAACAAAGACAUUUCCAGCUGUACUCUUUGUUAAAGCUAAUUAGCAAAUAUUAGCAUACUAUCACACCAGUUCAAUAUGGUGAACAUCAUAAAUAGUAUAGCUGCUGAACGUCAGAAUGUUAUUGUUGUCAACAUGUGCAUGCUAGCAUGCUGACAUUAGCAUUCAGUGCAGCCUCACAGAGCCACUCACACGGCUGUAGACUCUCAGUCUGGUUGAUGUGCAUCGGGCUGCGUAAUUCUGGAUAAUAAGCACAAAAUGGCAGAGUAUUUAUUUUUUAUGAGAUAUUUUGUUUAAUAUUUGAAGAUAACACUCAUACUCAUACAUGCCAUGUUAGCAGGAUGUGUGUCACGUGUAAUAAUUGCAUUGGCGGGGUCGUUCUAUAUCAAACAUGAUUGAACGAAUGAUGAGUACAGUAGAUCAGUCACAUAAUUUGUUCAUACAUAGAUAUCCCCUUAAUUUGGUCUAAUCAAACAAAAUCUACUUAAGAGAUCUAAACUAGAGAUUUAAGCAGUUGAAACAGCAUUUUUAGCAGUUAAAACCUUUAAUGCUCACAUCAGUGUUUGUUGUCAUUCAGUUUUUUUACAUUUGAAGAAACAACUGGAUUUUUUUAUUGUACUUGUUUUCUCAGUAUGAAAUAAACACACAUCAAAC